UAGUGUUACUCGUUUUCUACGUGUGUUUUUAUUUGGUAGACUAUUCGAAUAGAAUUCGCGCGAUAUGAUUUCACUAUUUGAAUUGAAACAAAAUAGUCGAAAAGACGCUUUUGAAGCGAUUGUACUUAAAAAGUGUUUUGAAUGUUUUUAACUAGUCUGUAGCAGUGUAUUAUACAGGAAUUUACUGAGUAACAAAUUAAACAUGGGCAAAGACGAGAAGACCUCCCAGUUCAGUUUCAAGGACAAAGAAAAGGCGGAAGAAACACUGAAGAUGUUAGAGGACCACGACCCCAACUACAGAAGACUGACCGUCAGAGGACUCCUGGGGAGGGCGAAGAGGGUUCUGUCAAUAACAAAAGCAGAAGACAAAAUAAAAAACAUAAAAGAGGCGAUCCAAGUUUUCGAGGACUGGCUUGCUGACUUAGAAAAGAGUAAAGAGGAAAAAGAAGGAGGCGAUAAGAAGAAGAAGGAAAAAGAAAAAGCAGAGAAAGAAAAGAAACCCAAGGAUGAUGAUGAGGGCUCUAGUUCAGAUGUGGAAAUGGACGAGUCUCCUAAAGAAAAGAAGGAACUGCCCCCCGACACCGUACCGGGACUAGGAUUUAAGGAUAAGGAAACAGCGGAAAACACAUUAAAGGAAUUAGAAGGAAGGGAUCCCGAUUACCAGAAGUUGGCCAUCAAAGGUCUAAUCGGUCGAGCGAAGAGAGUUCUAACAUGCACUCGCGACGAAACCAAACUGUCCAAUAUAAAUGAAGCGAUCCAAAUCUUCGACAAGUUUCUUGAUGACUUCGAUUCCAUGCACCUCAGUAAACAAAACAACCCGUACAUCAGCCUCGGCGUUGUCCGGACCUGUGUUGAAUUAGCUGGUGAUGAUAUUACCGAGGAGCAGAAAUCCUUCAUCGCCGCAUAUACAUCGGUGCGCGGCGAGUACAAGCGUCUUCGGACAGUUCAAAGUGGUUCCGGGAAGACCUGGGACAUCGUCAGGAACAGCGCCCUUAAGGAGCUCAAGGAAAAGCAUUCAGAAGCCAAACUUUUUAAUGACAAAGAUGAACCAACGCCCGAACAUCUGGAAAUGCUGCUCUGGGCGUAUUCUCCAGAAGCAGCGAAAGUCAAGAAAGUUAUAAAAGAGACUAGCGUUGAAAAAGAAGUAAACAGAAAGAGAAGGAGCAGCGCCAAAGAAGAGUCGCCAAGCAAGAAGACGAAGGAAUGAUUUAUGUGAUAUUAUGAAGUUGUAAGCAUUUAUUGAUAUUAUAUUAAUAAAUAUAUGUAUACAAAUUUA